AUGGACAUGGGCAUGCACGUGGGCAUGCACGUGGGCAUGGACGUGAGCAUGGACGUGGGCAUGGACGUGGGCAUGGGCAUGGAUGUGGCCAUAGGCACGGACAUUUCAUCAGACACUGAUACGGAGGGCGAUAAUCUCCACAUUGCUGUUAAGACAAAUCUUGCUGUAAUGAAUAUGGGUGUCAUUAAACCCCAGCAUAUACCUGCACAAAUGAGUGAGAUGAGACUAAAAUUUGAACAAGUCACCAAGGAAGAUGAAAGGCUGCAUGCAGAGUUGAAAGAGGCUCUUAAGAAGCAACUGGAGGCUCUUCCUUUCAUGCCUCUGGGAACUGAUAUUCCUGCAGCUGAAGGAAUAGUGAGAAACCUUCAAGAACAACUACAACUGAUGAAUCAAGAAGAAGAACAAGCAAUAGAGCUCUGGCAGACUGUGUUACAGGAGCAUGAUCGACUCCAGCAGCAGUACCAGGAACGCACGACUGAAAUGCAGAUUCACGUGGCUGGAAGGCAAAAGCAGAAAGAUCAAGUGACUGGCUUUCAGCACUUGACUCGGCAACUGCAUACAGCCAAUGAGAAAAUAGAGUUGAGCAAUCAACAGUUUCUGAAAACUGUAACAGAACAGAAUGUGGAACUAGAGCAGCUACGAAAACAACUGAGGCAAGCCAAAAUAGAUGGGCAGACAGCACAUGCUAAGCUUGAUGAAAUGACCAGAUUGACAGAGAAGCUUCAAGGCCAGUUGGAGAGAAAGGAAGAAGACGUGAUAUCUGCCCAGCAAAGAGAAACAGCAUCUGACAAACGCUUGCAGCAAAUGCAGUCUAGUAUAAAACAAUGAGAAACAAGAUCUGUUACUGUCCAAGACGCUGAACAGCUGAGAACAGAAAGAACAGCCCUGGAGAAAGAAAACUUUUACUCGCUAUGCAACAACUCGCAUGAGCAAGAAAACCCAUCCGUGUGUCACAUAGGCAUGAAAGUGCUGCGGAGCCUGAGCCGAAACUGUAAAAGAAACGAAGGGACACACUUCGGGCCGGAUCGCACCUCCCAGGCCAGCUGUGCCUGCCGGGAGCCCCUGGGCAGCGCCUCCGCUCCCAGGAGCAUACCUGCUGCACGGCCACCUCCUCCCUACGGCCGAAUUGCCAUGGAAAUGUAA